AUGAAGUCCUUUAUAUUAGACGCCUUGUCAAGCCUUUCGGCUUUCGCGAAGCGUCGGAAACAACGAAAAAAGGGCAUCGCUGCUGGUGCCAGUACAGGAAUAGCUCCGCUUGCAGCACCGCAACAUGCCACCGCAAAUCCCGAUAUAAACGCUCCCGACAAGCCGGAACCUGCAAGCGACGAAAAAAAGGGACUGGGUGAUCGAGACUUGGAUCAAAUAUGGAAUUGGAAUAGGGAGCUUCCUCCACUGAUACAAAGAUGCAUGCAUGACAUCAUUCGGGAAGUCUCACAACGACAGCCUCACGCUGUAGCCGUUGCAUCAUGGGACGGGACUCUUACAUACCAGGAGAUUGAUGCGCUGUCAACACAGCUAGCCCAGCAGCUGAGGCGCCGGGGGGUCUCCGUUGGAACCAGAAUACCACUAUGCUUCGAAAAGUCCAUGUGGGCAGUCGUGUCCCUCCUGGGAGUCAUGAAAGCCGGUGCCACAUUCUCCUUGACUGAUCCAAGUCAACCCGAAGCUAGACUCCGGACGAUUGUGGACCAGACAGAAGCUGAAAUCAUCGUCACCUCGGCAGCUCAGCGAGAGCUUGGAGUAAAGAUAUCCCGAAACGGGCAAGUCAUGUCGGUCUCUCGCGACUAUUUCGACCAGAUUUCCGAGCAGCCGGAAGAAUCACUACCGCUGGUUCCUUCUUCCUCUCCCAUGUACAUAAUCUUCACUUCGGGGAGUACAGGCAAACCGAAGGGCGUGGUGAUAUCGCACGAGAACUACACGAGCGGCGCCUUGCCGCGGGCAGAAGCCGUGGGGUACAAGUCACAUUCGAGAGUCUUUGACUUCCCCUCCUACGCAUUCGACGUAAGCAUCGACUGCAUGCUUUGCACUCUUGCCCACGGCGGGACAGUGUGUGUGCCCUCGGAAGCCGACCGAAUGAACGAUCUCAGCGGCGCUAUCCGUAAAAGCAAAGCAAACAUGGUCCAUAUGACACCGUCAGUGGCCCGAGUCUUGGACGCCGACAUUAUUCCUUCCCUGGAUGUUUUGGGCCUUGGCGGCGAAGCUGUUUCAUCAAGUGAUGCCGCCGCAUGGAGCCAGGAUACCAGCUUGGUCAUUGCCUAUGGACCGUCAGAGUGCACUGUUGGCUGUACCAUCAACAACACCUUGGCGAUAUCAAGAGGCAUAGGCAAGGGGGUUGGCGGUACAACUUGGAUCACUGACCCCGAAGACCACGGCAUCCUGAUGGGCGUUGGGGAGGUCGGGGAGCUUCUUAUAGAGGGCCCUGUCGUAGGCAUCGGAUACCUUGGGGAGCCGGACAAGACGGCAGAAGUUUUCAUCGAGAACCCAGCAUGGUUGACCGCCGGGCACGGAGACCAUGGCGGCCGCAAGGGUCGACUCUACAAAACAGGCGAUCUUGUACGAUAUGAAGCAAACAAUCUGGGCUCGAUAGAGUUUGUCGGACGCAAAGAUCAACAAGUCAAAAUCAGGGGUCAGCGAGUCGAGUUGACAGAGGUCGAGCACCACCUUCAGAGUUGCUUACCGAGAGGCAUCAAGAUUGCAGCCGAAGUCAUCAAGCCCGAGAACAGCGGGGCGCCGACGCUGGUUGCCUUUAUUGCAGAGCCUUCCUCCGGUUCGAACGAGACGGCGGAUGAGUUUCCUCUGGUUGAGCCGUCAGAACAAUUGACUGCUGCCCUAUCUACUGUAGACAAGGACAUGGGCGCAAAGGUGCCGAGAUACAUGGUGCCUACAGCAUUCUUCACUCUGCAAUCAAUGCCGACACUGGUGUCUGGGAAGACGGAUAGGAAGAAAUUACGAGCAAUCGCGGCGUCCAUUCCACGGGAGAAGUUUUCUGGAGCUCAGAACGGCACCGUUCAGGUUGAACAAGAGCCUCAGACGGAGACGGAGAAGAAGCUGGCGGACGCAUGGAAGAAGGUCCUUGGCUCCGACGUUAAAGCAAACAGAGGCAGCAAUUUCUUUGGCGUGGGGGGAGACUCUCUCCGUGCAAUGCGCCUUGUGGCCGCAGCAAGAGAGAACGGACUGUCUCUCACGGUGGCGGACAUUUUUAUGAACCCGACCCUUGAAGCCAUGUCAUCCAAAGCAAUAGGCAUCUCCCUCUCUGACCCAAACGCCGACAAGAUAGCUCCUUUCUCGCUCCUUGACAAGGAUUGGGCUGUUGGCUCGGUCCGGCAGGAAACAGCUGCGUUGUGCAACAUUGAAGCAGAUGCCAUUGACGACGUGUAUCCCUGUACACCCUUACAGGAGGCCCUUAUGGCACUGUCGGCCAAGGUGAAAGAGGCUUACAUUGCCCAGCGCGUCGUUGAGCUUGCGGAUGCGGAGACGGCUACCAAACUCAUCACGGCCUUUGAUGCUGCUCAAAGGGACUGCCCUAUCCUGCGGACAAGAAUUGUCCAAGUCCCCGGCAGAGGUCUCGUCCAGGUCGUCGUGAAAGGAAAACUGAGCUAUUUUUCCGGAACAGAUUUGGAUGAGUAUCUCGUAUCUGAUAGAGAUGAGGCGAUGGAUCUCGGACAGCCUCUUGUUCGGUAUGCGGUCAUCAACGACGGCAAAACUGGCAAGACCAACUUCGUGUUGACCAUGCACCAUGCCUUAUACGACGGCUGGUGCAUGCCGCUUAUCGUUGACCGGGUCAACAAGGCGUACAUGGGCCAGACAGUCGAGCGGCCAGCCGAGUUUAGGCAUUUCAUCAAGUAUCUUUGCGGCACCAGCAAGAAGGAUUCCGAGCAAUACUGGAGACAGCAGUUGCAAGGCGCAAAUGGCCUCCAGUUCCCCUCCCAUCCAUAUACUGGAUACCAAGCCAAGGCAGACUCGCUGCUCGAGGAGUACGUUUCCUUGGGCAGACUCCCCGCCUCGAACGCAACUGUUGCCACCGUCAUCCGAGCCGCAUGGGCAUUUGUCGCCUCCCGGUACAUCAACAGCGAAGACGUCGUCUUUGGUGAGACCUUGACCGGCAGGAACGCCGCCAUUGUUGGCGCGGAAGAGAUUGAGGGCCCAAUGAUUACCACGGUUCCGGUCCGUGUACAAGUCGAUCGAGAGAUGCCCAUUGUCGAAUACCUUCAGACUAUCCAGGAACAGACCAUUGAACAGAUUCCCCACGAGCACUUUGGUCUCCAGCACAUUCGGCGGCUUAGCCCGGAUGCCCUCGAAGCGUGUGAGCUCAAAACCGGUCUGGUCCUACAUCCUAGUACCGCGAAUGAUGCAGCAGCAGGGGCUGAUUUGCCUGCGAACCGGUUGGUGCCAGCCGGUGAUUCCGAGGCAGCGCAGGAGGCUCUCAAAUUCAAUACCUAUUCUCUCAUGCUAGUGUGCUCCAUUGACCCAGAUGGUUUCCUCGUCAUGGCAAGCUUUGAUUCUAAAACGAUUGACUCUGGCACUAUGCAGAGAGCCUUGAGACAGUUCAAGAAGGUAGCGCAACUGCUUUGCCAAGGCACGUCCGGCCGCGUCGGUGAUCUCGAGUACCUCACCCCCGAUGACGUGGACAUUUUGAAAACCAUGGUCGCCUCAAACACACAAGACGCCCAGUUACGCCAAUAUAGCGGCGUCCAAGGAGCCUUCAUUGUUGAGUCCCAGGAUACCAACAAGCUUCUACCCGUGGGAGCUAUUGGAGAGGUUGUUGUAUCAACGUCGGCAGUGCUGGAAUUGCCAUCUAUCCCGUCACCGUCUUGGCUCGGGGAGGUUAGUGAAUCUGCCUCAAUAACAGCGGCGAACUUCUACAAGACGGGCAAGCUGGCGAAAUACACGGCCAGCGGCCUCCUUCAAUUCAUAGAGUCGAGCCCAAACCAGAACGUCAAUGGCACAAAAGCCCAGGCCCCUGUGAAGCGAGUAUCCGCAACGUCUCGUCGUCAACGGAAGCUCCGAAGCUUAUGGAGUCGCGUCCUGAACAUCAACGAGGACGACAUCAGCUUGAAUGAUAAUUUCUUUCUCCUAGGCGGUGACUCCAUCGCCGCUAUGAAACUUGUCUCGGAAGCCCGCGCAGAAGGGGUCAAACUAACCGUCGUGCAAAUGUUCCAGAAACGCACUUUAUACGACAUGGCAAGUGUCAUGGAAGAGGUGGCCAUGGACACCAGUGCAAGUGAGGAUGUUGCCGCUGCAUUUUCUCUCUUGGGAGACGCCAACGCAUCAGAAUUUGUCGAAACUGUGGUUCGGCCGCGGCUGGAAAACAAGGCUUCCAAUGUUCUUAAUGUUGUUCCAACACGUCCGCUCCAGCAGAUAGCCGUAAAGGGGACUACCCAGCUCCCUCGGUAUUCUGCUCGCUACGAGCUCAUGUACUUUGACGAUGCCAUUGAUAAGCAACAGCUCAGAUAUGCGUGCGAAGAGCUCGUGUCUCGCAAUGAGAUUCUGCGGACCGUGUUUAUCGAACACAACGGCAGGUGUUACGGCGCGGUCCUCGAGUCUCUAGAAGCAGAAUUCGUCGUCGACGGCGUAGGCAGCAGUUAUUCCGGCAGCAUCGAGGAAUACGCGAGGAACGUGUGCCAGUCAGACGUCCUGUCAGACAUGCCACUCGGUUCCAGCUUUGUCAAAUGGUUCCUUGUCGAAUUCCCCAACGGCAAGUCCUGCCUGGUCUUCAGGCUCUCCCACGCGCAGUACGACGAGAUAUGUCUCCCCAUUCUUCUGAGGCAGCUCUCUGCACUCUACGAAAACAGGCCGGUCCAGGAAUCUGUUUCCUUCUCGUCCUAUGUCGGGCACGUGCUCCGGCGCAACAUUCCUGAAAGCACGCAGUACUGGAAAGACCUGCUCGCCGGCUCGGCCAUGUCCAUCCUCAAGCCUGACAUCCCCGUUCAGAAGAGCAACCAUUUUGCUGUCCAGCACACCGUGGAUAUAUCGUCCAGGCCUAGAGACGUCACUGUCGCGACUUUGCCGACGGCAGCCUGGGCACUGUGCCUGAGUCGUCGCUUGUCUCUCCGAGACGUCACAUUCGGUGAGGUGGUGAGCGGUCGAAACAUUGAUUUCCCCAAUGCCGAUGCCGUUACGGGGCCAUGCUGGCAAUACGUCCCGGUACGCGUCAAGUUCGAUCCAUCAUGGACUGUGUCCGAUCUGCUGGCCUACAUCCAGCACCAACACGUCGCGUCGUCGGCCCACGAAGGCAUGGGCCUCAGCGAAAUCAGGGACCAAUGCACCGACUGGCCCGACGCGACGCCAGAUUGGUUCGAUUCCGUCGUCCACCAAGACGUAGCGCAUGUUGAAAGGUUACCGUUUGCAAAGGUAAGCAGCCGUAUGGAGACAGUGUAUCCGCAUGAGGAGCCGUUGCGGGAGUGGAAGAUUCAGGCUUUCAUUGAUGGGGACAGUAUGAUAUUGGAGAUUGUCACGGUGGACAGCUGGGCCGAGUAUGCCAAGGAGUUGUUGAUGGAUUUGGCUGAUGUGGCGCGAUUCUUGAUACGUGAGCCAAGGGGAAAACUAUUCUAA